AUGUUUCUAAACAUAAUUUCUUUAGAAAACAGGACUAUCCAACACCAGUGGGCAUCAAAAGUGACGGGUUUCUCAUCUCAAUUUAGUGCAGAUGGAUACGCUGCAAAACAAAUAUUGGGGAAACCAAAUGUAUACCCUCAUUAUGGCGAUAGUUCAUUGGCAUGGACUCCAGCGAGAGGAAAACUAGAUGCUGAUCAGUUUCUCGAAGUACAAUUUUUAGAAAAGGUUUGGCUUACCCAGGUUAUCAUAUAUGAAACAUUGAAUGCCGGAGCAGUCACCAGAAUUUUGGCGAAGAAUAAAGAAAACGGAUGGGUGGAAAUUUUUAAGGUUUCAAAAGCUCAGUUAAUCAGGAAAUCGAGAAAAUUCGCGCCAAAAUUAAAUGAGGCGAAUUUUCCUGUAAACGAGCUAAGAAUAGAAGUAGACUGUACAGUUUCUCGCUCAUGGGUUGAAAUUGACGCAGUGGAAAUGGUUGGAGGGGAUUGUCCAGAGGAGUUUCAGAAACUCUGGGGUUCUUGUUAUCUGAUCAAAAAAGAUAACGUCUCAGCCGACGCAGCAUUUGCCAACUGUUUAGAAACUGGUGGCUACCUGGCUAACUUUGAAACUCUAGAAGAGGCUUUGCGAAUGAAAAAGGUUCUAAAGAAAAUGAAUAAAGGAAUUCACUUUUAUGUCGGGGGAAGAAACAUAAACAGAAGAAAACCAGGAGGGGACUGGAGGUGGAUCAAGCAUGGACAAAUGACCAAGAUGACGUAUUAUGCCUUUGGUGCCAGAGAACCCAAUGGAUCGGACCGUUCUCCCGAGGAUUGUUUGUUCUUUUAUGCAGGAGAACGGUACACGUUCCACAAUGUCUACUGUGAUAAUGGUACACACCUUGGUGGCUAUAUCUGCGAAGCAUGACAAUUGUCAAACUGAUUAUAAUAAAAAUUGAAAGAAA